AUGAAUUCUCUCAACCGGGACGCGAAGGACUCGUCAACCACCGGUUACUCAGUCUGUCCCUCAUCUGCCCCCGAAAGCAUGCCCAUAUCCUCAGAACGAAUGGCCAUUGGAGGCGCUCGCUUCCAGUAUCUCGACGAAUGCGCCCCCCUGGCACCCAUAGAACUUCCAGGCGUCGCCGUCGCUGCUCCGACCACCUCGGCUAACCUCACGGAACUGGAGUCUGCGGCGGGUCUAGUCUAUGUGCAACACGCCACACCAGUG